UGUCUGUCCGGCCGGCUGUCUGCAGGAGCGCUCCAGGUGCAGCGUAGCGCAGCUCGCACCAUGUACGCACAGGGGCCGCCGGGGCUGGCAAUGCUGCUGCUGGUCAUCUCGCUGCCAGCCGGUCACCCCGCACCACCGUCCGGCCCCUUGGCCCUGCGGAGCGGUUCAGGUAGCCCUUCUUCGUGCUGGCUUUCCCGGACCGAGUCGGAGCUCAGGUGCCGCACCCCAGAGGGGAAGCUGUGCAGUGACAGAGGCAGAUGCGAGUGUGGAGUCUGCAUCUGCCAAGUGAUGGAGUCUGGCAAAUACUACGGUCCGCUCUGCGAGUGCCACGACUGGGUGUGCGAGAUCUAUGAUGGGAAGAUCUGCGCAGGCCAUGGGAAGUGUGACUGUGGGAAGUGCAAAUGUGAUGAAGGCUGGUAUGGUGAAGCUUGUCAAUAUCCAACUACUUGCAAUCUUACACGGAAGAAAAGCAAUGAAAUGUGCAAGAAUUCUCAAGAUAUCAUCUGUUCUGGUGCAGGCACAUGUCAGUGUGGCAGGUGUAAAUGUGCAAACUCAGAAGGAAACGGACUGGUCUAUGGUAAAUUUUGUGAAUGUGAUGACAGAGAAUGCAUAGAUGAUGAGACAGAAGAGAUUUGUACAGGCCAUGGAAAGUGUUACUGUGGAAACUGUUACUGUGAGGCUGGUUGGCAUGGAGAUAAAUGUGAAUUCCAGUGUGACAUCACCCCCUGGGAGAUCAAGAAAAGAUGCACAUCUCCAGAUGGCAAAAUCUGCAGCAACAGAGGCACAUGUGUAUGUGGGGAAUGCACAUGCCAUGAUGUGGACCCAACUGGUGACUGGGGAGAUAUUCAUGGAGCUACUUGUGAGUGUGAUGAAAGAAACUGCAAAGCAGUGUAUGAUAGAUAUUCUGAUGACUUCUGUUCAGGUCACGGACAGUGUAAUUGUGGAAGAUGUGACUGUAAAGAAGGAUGGACAGGGAAGAAGUGUGAACAUCCACAUUCUUGUCCAUUGUCAGUUGAGGAAAGUGCUAAGAAAUGCCAAGGAAAUUCUAAUUUACUUUGCUCUGGAAGAGGGAGAUGUGAAUGUGGCCAAUGCACUUGUUUCCCUCCAGGAGACAACAGAGUUUAUGGCAAAAACUGUGAAUGUGAUGAUCGACAGUGUGAAAAUGCGGAUGGUGAUGUCUGUGGGGGCCACGGUAUCUGCUCCUGCGGCCGAUGCAUUUGCCGGGAUGGGUGGUUUGGAAAGUUGUGCCAGCAUUCAAGGAAGUGCAACAUGACGGAGGAGGAGAGCAGAAGUCUCUGCGAGUCAGCGGAUGGCGUAUUGUGCUCGGGGAAGGGUUCCUGCCACUGUGGAAAGUGCAUCUGUUCACCACAGGAAUGGUACAUUUCAGGCGAUUUCUGUGAAUGCGAUGACAGAGACUGUGACAAACACGACGGUCUCAUUUGCACAGGCAAUGGUGUUUGUAGCUGUGGAAACUGUGAGUGCUGGGAAGGAUGGAAUGGAAAUGCUUGUGAAAUCUGGCUGGGGAGAGAAUACCCUUAACAAAGGACAUCAAAGACUGAGGAGGUUUCUUGUUUGUUUUUCUUUAGGCUGCUAGGACAUUUAACUCAGUGUGUGGGUGUGCAUGCGCGCACACGUACAUAGGUGAAAAUACUUUAGAACACUCAUGACAAAACUAAAAAAAAAAAAUUUAAAAUGCCUUGGGAGCAGGACAGUCCCAAGCUCUAAAAGGGGAAGUCAUAAAAUACUGGCCCCGUGGAUCUUCUUCAGAGCUUUUUGGUAAAUUCAGUGGGACUGAGAUUACACCCAUAAUGCCUAUUUCUUAAGCAACCUUUGGAAAAGGUGUGAGAAAGCCUUUUUUUAACACUCUUUACUUGGUUUUCACCUCUCCGUAUCAGUAUGCAACAAUAUUCCUGUAGAAGAGUAGCACUAGUUGAAUAUUUGCCAAAUAAUUAAUUUGAUUAAUUUUAUGCUGUUUGACAAAUACAUUGUUUGGCCCUUUUUCCUUUCUAACAAUCCUGAUUAUGCACCAGCUCAUAAAUUCAGAGAAGCUGUGAAGAAGCUUAUCAAAAUAUUAAUGAUUUUUUAUUUGGUCAUAGAAUUGUGUUUGUAUAACUGAGGUCCAAUUACCUGACAACCAUACACUGAAGGCCCAAAAUGUUUAAACAGACCCUUGUCCAAAAGAUAACUUCUUAGUUUCUGUGGUUAAUGUGUCAGUACGUUGGUUAUCUAGUCUACAUACUACGAUACUUUCAAAUAAAUAACCUAUAGGACUAUAAGGAAUGAAACUAAUAAAGAUAUAAACGUGUGAUUACCUAUUCUGACUAUGUAUCCUGCAACUCAUAUGUGCUUCUAUCAUACCGUUUUAUGUAUGCACGGUUGCCUGGUCCUCUUUAAAGUAAAGGAAAUGAAAAUUUGUUAUACUAAUAACUUCUAGGAUGACAAUUCUGUGUGCUAUUAGAAAUCACUGUUUGGAACAGAUUGCACCGUCACACAUGGUAUUCUUUGAAUUUAACUGCUUUUAUAGAAGUGGGGAGCCUGAAGGUCAACUGACUUGAAAAAAUCAGCUCUUCUGUGCAGUGGCCUGGUCUCAGCCAAAGACGUUCAGACAAUGGCAACAAAGUAAUUGAAGUUUUAAUACAGUAAAUACAAACAAAGCGGUGGUAUGAACAAAAAUUUUAUUUUUAUUUUCCAAUGGUGAAAU